AUUAUUGUGGGAGCUCCUUGCAGAAACCAUAGUAUAGGCCAGUUCAGAAUCGAAUUAAUUGGGUGGAGAGAUUUCUAUGCAUUUUCAGCUUGUAGUGGACAGUAUGGACGAUCGCUUGUUAGCCUCUUUCUUGGUGAUGGACCUGUCUAUGACUAUUCUGCCUACACUGCAUGCAAAUCAGCACCAGAAGAUCCCCUAUACAAUGGUGGGAUUAUAAAGGAUCGAGUUCAUGGUAGAAGGCAUCACAAGCUCAGCUUGUCUGGAAGUCGAGAUAAUUCCCCUGCAGCAUUCGUCUUCUACAAUCUCCCCGAAACAGGUUGGCUAAAGGUAGAAGAUGUAGAUUCAUCCUCCAUACAGGCAAGCGUGACAACAGACAAAACGACGUAUCAAUGCGCGGGGACUGUAAUCGCAAGGCAAGACUGCUGGUCAUUUCUCAAAGGUGGCUUUGUACUCGACUCAACUUCGAAUUCUACUUUUCUGUUUCUUCAGGAUGCAGAUGGGGGAGAUGUCAAUAUAAGCAUAGCGAGCGCUUCUCUGCAGCCUUUCACUCAGGAGCAAUGGAGGAUAAACCAAGAAUAUAGUAUCAAUACUAAAAGAAAACGUGCCGCCAUGAUACACGUAGCAGAUGUCCAUGGACGGAGGUUGGAAGGAGCACUAGUUGAGGUGGAGCAAAUUUCAAGAGAGUUUCCUUUCGGAUCUGCAAUUGCCAGCACUAUCCUUGGAAAUUUGCCAUACCAGAACUGGUUUGUGGAGCGGUUCAAUGCUGCAGUAUUCGAAAACGAACUCAAGUGGUACGCAACAGAACCUCAGCAAGGAAUUGUCAACUACACAGUGCCAGAUCAGAUGUUGGAAUUUGCUCGUGCCAACCAAAUCAUGGUCAGAGGUCAUAACAUAUUCUGGGAGAACCCCAAGUAUUCACCUUCGUGGGUUCUCAAUCUCACCGGACCAGAGCUGAAGGUGGCUGUCAACUCACGCAUACAAAGUUUAAUGUCUCAAUACAAGAGUGAGUUCAUACACUGGGAUGUGAGCAAUGAAAUGCUUCAUUUCGACUUCUACGAGCAAAAACUCGGUCCGGAUGCCAGUCUGCAAUUUUUUGAAACAUCCCAUCAAGCAGACCCUUUAGCCACCUUGUUUAUGAAUGACUAUAAUGUGGUGGAGACUUGUUUUGACAUGAACUCCACCGUGGAUGCCUACAUAUCGAGGUUGAGAGAACUCGAGAGAGCCGGAGUUUCAAUGGACGGAAUUGGCCUAGAAAGUCACUUCACCAUUCCAAACCCUCCACUAAUGAGGGCAAUACUGGAUAAAUUGGCAACACUAAACCUUCCAAUUUGGCUUACAGAGGUAGACAUCAGCAAUACACUCGAUGAACAAACUCAGGCUAGGUAUCUUGAAGCGGUUCUGAGAGAGGGCUUCUCACAUCCUUCUGUAAAUGGCAUUAUGCUCUGGACAGCAUUACAUCCUAAUGGGUGUUAUCAAAUGUGCUUAACGGACAACAAUUUUCGCAACCUCCCAGCCGGGGAUGUUGUUGACAAUCUCCUCAAAGAAUGGCAAACUGGGGCGGUCGAGGGUCAAACAGAUGAUCAUGGUUCAUUUAGUUUCUACGGAUUCUUUGGUGAAUACAAGGUAACUGUUUGCUACGGCAACAGAACAGUCACCUCAACAUUCUCCCUUUGUCAAGGUGAUGAAACGAGACAUCUAAACAUUCAGCUGUAAAUCUUAGUAACAUCAACCAAUUACUAGAAUGGACUUCAUA